UCAUUCUAACUGGGCCGCCAUAUUGCACCAACACAACAACAUCUCUUUUAGCUGAAAUCAGCUUUUUAUCUUCUCCAUAUAAUCUAUCUUUUUCAUUCUUUAACCACAAAGCUUUCCUCCAGUAAUCUGACAAACAUAUCUACAAUCAUUUCUCUGCAAGACUACAGCACUCAGAACUCUCAAAGUUUCCAAAUUACCUUGAUUUUGGUGGUUUUAGCAAACAGCUUUUUCUUCGCGUCACAUUUAAAUAAGUUAUCUAAUUUCAUCUCUCAAAACCAUACCAUGGAUAAAGGACAGACAGUUGUCGUAAGUUGUCACCCAGUGAAGCCAGCAAGUGCUUGGGGAAAGAUGCCUACCGUAGCUCCGUGUUCCCUUUCUUCUGUAAUUGACGAAGAAUUGGCGAAAAAACUUCAACACGAAGAAGAAGAAAGAAGCCUUUUCUCAGAACCCCAAACAGUCGAUCUUCCACUCGAAAUGCCGUCAUCUGAUCCAAAUACAGAUAAUGACUUAGCACUGGCGCAAAUGCUGCAAGCGGAGUUUGAUAAGGAGAAUGACCGUUUACUCAACAUCAAAGAACACAAGUACAACGGCAACAGUAAAGUAUCUCUGUCAUUUGACAACUACCGCAGCGUCCACUCAAUUCUGAAGGACGAUUCCAGCUCUUCUGAUGACCAGGAUGACUGGGUGGAAGACGACUUGGAACUCCCCCCACCUCCAAUUACAGAGCCUUCACCCAAACCUGGAGGGUCAGGCAAAAACAUAACUACUAAACAUGAUGCUGUCGUGUGUGGUCGCAGGAAUGCCCAAAACCUUGAAAAGUUUCCCCCAGGUUUCGCCGCAGGUGAUGUGGGCAGUAAAUCACUAGACUUGAAGCUGUCCAACUCAGUGUACAAUACCCUUAAACAGCAUUCCUACCAAGAGGAAAGGCGGAGCCACCGUGUGCAUGACAAGAGGGAACACUCCACUCAUGAACAAGCUUUGGACCCCAAGACUCGUUUGAUGCUGUACAAGCUUGUGAAUAACCAGACCCUGGAGGCGGUCAAUGGGUGUAUCAGCACUGGCAAAGAGGCCUGUGUCUUCCAUGCAAAUGGUGGAAAGAGGGAAGAUGGUGAAGAGCUUCCAGAAGAGUGCGCUGUUAAGGUAUUCAAGACCACCCUGAAUGAGUUCCGCACCCGCGAGAGGUACAUCCGGGAGGACCAUCGCUUCAGAGACCGAUUCAGCAAACAGAACCCCCGUAAGGUGGUCCGCCUCUGGGCUGAGAAAGAGAUGUGUAACCUGUGUAGGAUGCAGAAGGUAGGCUUGAGCUGCCCUCGCGUGUUGCUCCUCAAAAAGCACAUACUGGUCAUGUCUUUUAUUGGCAAGGAUCAGCACGCGGCACCCAAACUAAAGAACGCCAUGUUGACAGGAUCCCAGCUACACUUGGCUUACGAACAGUGCAUCCAGAUGAUGUGCACCAUGUACCAGAAGGCCCGACUCGUGCACGCAGACCUCAGCGCGUACAACAUGUUAUGGCACGAGGGCAGGGUGUGGUUUAUUGACGUCAGUCAGUCAGUUGAGCCCAUCCACCCGCACGCCUUAGAGUUCCUAUACCGAGACUGCAGGAACGUGGUGGAAUUCUUCAAGAAGAAGGGCGUGGCGGGAGUGAUGAGCGCGCAGCAGUUGUUCAUCAAGGUGUCUGAGGCUGACAUCCCGUUGAGUGAGGACGAGGGCGAGUUUCUGGCUCAGGUCCAGCACUAUCAGCGCUAUGAAAUGCAAGCCACGCAUGGCACCAGCUCCAUCACAGUCGGCUACAAGCAGACAAAAUAUGACGACGAACCUUACGAGUUCGACUACUUCUUCAAAAAGACCACUGAUGCCGCCCGGGAGUGACAAAACAAAUAAAGCCCUAGCGUAUACGUAGUUCGUACGGCGAGCUUUCUCUGACGAUGUUUUACGUUAUGUGUGAUGACACGUUAAACGUGAUACUAGGAACGUCUUGCGUCAUCCUAGACACGUGACGCCUGAUACUAUACGUGAAACGUGGUACUAGAAACGUGAAACGUGAUACUUGGUACGCGGAACGUGAUACUAAAGACGUGAAACGUGAUACUAGAGACGUGAAACGUGAUACUAGAGACGUGAAACGUGAUACUAAAGACGCGAAACGUGAUAUUAUAGACGUAAUACACGAUACUAGACACGUGAAACGUAAAACUGAGUACGUGAAACAUGAUACUUGGUACGUUAAAUGUGAUACUAGAGACGUGAAACGUAGUAUUAGCACAAAAAACGUGAGCCGUGAGCUCUGAUAUGGUGGAAUUAGGGCGUAUGUAGGUUACCGCGGUAACGUGCUUCAUCAUAGUGGACCUGGGAUGGAACCUGCGGUACGUAGGAAGAUACUCGAUUAGAUUGAGCGUAUGCCACGAAAAAACCCGCUAGCCACCAAGAUAUCCCUGUCUCUCAUCACUUUGUCAAGUACUAUCGAUAUGGUGCCAAUGAAUAAAUGAUAGGUACGCCGCGGCACUCAAAUCAAUUCUCCUUGAUCGCACUAUUGAUUUUUUUUAUAGAUGGGGUGAUAUUAAGAGCUUGUCAGAUUUGUAGAAGCAUAUCCGGAUCAAACAAUUUUAUGUCCGUGUUUACUUCCAUUUUCAAAGAGCAAUUAUAUUUUCCUCAGCACAACAGAAAAUUAUGUAGAUUGUGCAUGUUAUUGUUUGCAAAAUAUAUAUGGGUAAAGCUUGGUCUGGGAAUAAUAACUAUUGCCUCUAGAAAAAUUAAAUAAAAAUGAUAAACUUCA